UCUUAAUCAAGCUCUCAUUUAACAUUGAAUAAAUUUUCUCAGAAAAUCAAGAAACAUGUCUUGCGCCGGCAGAAUUUUAAUUUAUGGAGGCAAAGGAGCUCUAGGUUCCUCCUGCGUUAGCCUGUUCAAGUCUAAAAAUUACUGGGUUGGAUCCAUUGAUCUGAUGCCAAAUGAACAAGCAGAUGCAAAUGUUGUGGUUAAACCAAGCGAGUCAUGGCUUAAUCAAGAAGACGAGGUCUUGAAAGGAGUAGAAAGCAUUAUAGGGGGCGAGAAACUGGACGCUGUUUUGUGUGUAGCAGGAGGAUGGGCCGGAGGAAAUGCAGCCUCUAAAGAAUUCAUCAAGAAUGCUGACAUGAUGUGGAAGCAGAGUGUUUGGACAAGCUCCAUAGCAGCAGCUCUGGCAGCUAAAUACCUGAAAGAAGGGGGAAUAAUCACCCUGCCUGGAGCUGCACCCUGUGUCGGUGGCACAGCAGGCAUGAUGGGAUAUGGAAUGGCCAAGGCAGCUGUACACCAGUUGGUCAAGAGUCUGGCCUCCAAAGGAAGUGGACUGCCUGCCAACAGCUCAGCAGUGGCUAUUCUACCAGUCACUCUUGAUACGCCAAUGAACAGGAAGUUCAUGUCAGAGGCUGACUUUACUACAUGGACUCCAUUAGAGUUUGUUGCAGAGUUGUUCUUUAAAUGGACUUCUGAUGGAUCCACUCGCCCAGAGAACGGGAGUCUGGCAUCUUUGCUAGCAAAGGGUUUUCGGUUUUUCUGUUCACUCCACUCCCGGGGUGUGGUGGACCGAAAAGACCUUGCUAGCAAAGAUGAUGAACAGGAGGCCCAAGGGCCAUUUUACUCACCUGUAUAUUACCUGCCUUGCCAGUUUAUUAGUUUUUGUGUAUCUUUUAAAUAUCAAAGCAGAGAGAAAAAGAAGGUGCAUGUGAUUGAGUCUCCAGAAAUAUGGGAGGAGUUCUGUCACAGAAUACUGAAGCAAAAUAUCAAAGUGAUAGGAUUGGACUGCGAGUGGGUCAGCCACGGAAAGCGUGCCCUGCCGGUGUCUCUGCUACAAGUGGCGACACCAAGAGGUGACUGUGGCCUAGUACGCCUGUCCAAAAUGUCGGAGGUCCCUGAGUCUCUUCAUCAGAUCAUGCAGGACCGCAGCAUCCUGAAAGUAGGCGUAGCAGUUGUUGAUGAUGGGAAAAAGCUUGGCAGGGAUUAUGGGAUAACAGUUCAAGGCUGUGUUGACCUGCGUUAUGUUUUAGCCCGUGUUCGGGGAAUUUUUAAUGUCAAGACUGAGAGUUUGAGGGAGAUAACCAAAGAGGUCUUAGAUGUUGUGAUAGAAAAGGAUGCUGCAGUUCGCCGUGGUAACUGGGAAGCCGAAACUUAUACAGAAGCUCAGAUAGAUUAUGCAGCAAAGGAUGCUUUGGUUGGAGUGGAUAUAUUUACACACCUAAUCAUGGCCAAAAUGGAAGGACAAAAAGUACAUAUAUCUGAAAAGGCUCUCAUGGAAAAUGAACUUGACCUACGAUUCUGGCCAACUGCCAGGUCCAUGUGCCAGGGGAUUGUGGACCUGCCCUACAAAUCACAAAUCGCUAGAAAUCAAAAAGAAGAAAACAAAACCAUGUCAAUGGAGACCAUGAGGUUUUCUCUUGAUAAAGAUGACCUGCAGAAUAAUGAUGAGGAUGAUGAUAAUAAUACUGAAGAUGCUGAAGGAUCUUCCUCCUUGACUGUCAAGGACAAGCGCGCGUACGUGGUCAGAAAGCGCCCCCUAUAUUAUAACUGUUUCCUGUUGGCUCCUGACGGACAGGAACUGUGUACUUGUGAUGUCAGAAAAGUUGAAUGGUACUUGGAGAAAGGAUUGGCAGUUAAGGUAAAAGAGGACCCUUUAACAGUGAAAUUGAACUUUGAACCUGGAGGUCGGCCGGAGGGUGAGGAUGAUUACUACCUCCAGCAAAAAGAUAACAUCUGUGUAGCGUGUGGCAGUGAAGAGAUGCUCAUCAAGAAACAGGUCGUUCCAAAGGAGUACAGAAGAUUUUUUCCUACUUCCUUGAAAGACCACUCGUCGCAUGACGUUCUUCUGCUCUGUGUACCAUGUCAUCGGAAAAGCACACAAUACGACAACGUGCUGCGAUACCAACUGGCCAAGGAGAGUGGGUACCCUAUUGAUAUGGGGUCAUCAGUCAAAGUUCACGCAGACAGAGACCUACAAAAGGUCAAAUCAGCAGCAAGGGCCUUAUUAUCUCCAAAGUCUGACCAAAUUCCAGUGGAGAGGAGGAAAGACCUUCAGCAGGUUGUCCUGGAUUUUUACGGAACCGAGGAGCUUUCAACAGAAAUUUUACAGGAUGCGGCGGAGAUGGAUUUCAGAACAAUUAACGAUGAGUUUUUUCCACACGGCAAGGGAGUGAUUCGACAUGUCAGAAAGAACGAAGGCAUCUACAACUUUGAGAGGCGUUGGAGACAGCACUUCCUGGACACCAUGAAACCCAAAUACCUACCGUCCAAGUGGUCUGUCGACCAUAAACAUGCUAGGACCGAAUUCUAUUCAUGAUUCAGGAAGUGAAUCUUAUUGAUUAUUGUUUGUUUUGAAAUUAAGGUUGCUUGCUAUAUCUUGAAAAACCGGUGGUUUCUCAGAUUAAAGAAAUUUAUUUGAUUAUUAAAGAUAUUGUAAUGUAUGAGAAGUAUACAAGACAAAUAGGUGUAAAAAUAUGCAAUUUGGAUGAACAAUAAAAAUUUUCAAUUUUAUUCAUUAAAUAUAAACAAAAGCCCUAUGUAGAUUCGAACUUGUGAUCUGCUGUUCACAAAACUGAUAUCUAAACCACUGAGCCGUGAUUAAAUACUCAACCAAAUUGAUUGAUACAAACAUUUUGUGAAAUUAUGUCUUAGAGAGUAUGUUUCGGUGUAGUGAGCUUCUUAAAAUGCAAGUAAAAGCAGUGUUCAAACCAUAAAAAUGCUAAUAUGUUCUUUGAUUUGUGUGUCAGUAUAUUAUCAUUUUGUUUUGUUUUUUAUUUUAAAGGUAAUGCAGGAUUAUAAAUAUCCUAGGACCUUCAUUUAUUCAUGAGUUAGGAGAUAUACCAUAUUGGUUUUUUUUUCAUUUUCAAAGUUAUUGCAGGUGAAAGCACUGAUCAAAACAUAAAACUACUAGAAUGUUCUUUUAUUCAUUAGUAAAUCAGAAUGGUUUUUUUUUUAAUUUUUAAAGUUGAUGCAGGUAAAAUCAGAAUAUUAAAAACUUACCAGGACCUUUUAUUCAUGAGUUAGGAAGUGUACCAUUCUUGGGUUUUUUUCCUCAUUUUUGAUGUCAAUGCAUGGGUAAAUGUUUAAAUUGGCGGUGAAAUUUUUUUUUCUGAUAAGAAUAAUUUUAUCAUAAUGAAGAAAGGUGAUGAGAUUUGUUACAUAUAUCAUUGUUCUGUGUACAGAAAUGUAUGUGUACAUUGUUUCAUUUUUUUUCCAGAGGGAAAAAAACAAAGUUUAAAAUAAAAUAUAAAUUGAAAAGAA